UUCUAAGUGACUGUAAUCUGCCAGUUAUAUAAACUUGUAUUGUUUACAGGCUUAAUUGGCAGAACAACAUCUACAAAGCAAUAUCAUGCUAUAUCGAAUACUGCCUUGCGAAUUCUAUCAAGUAUGAAGCGUGAUUGGAUGCAGACUGGGAGAAAACCAAGUGGAGUGUGUGGUGCAGCAUUGUACAUAUCUGCCCUCUCACAUGGCUUUGGAUGCACUAGAGCAGAUGUUGUCGGUAUUGUGCAUAUUUGUGAGGCAACAUUGACAAAGAGAUUGAUUGAAUUUGAAAAUACAGAAUCAGGCAGUUUAACUGUGAAAAUGACAAGGGAGAAGGUAAAGCUAACAAAUGAGAAAAUGGUUGAGGACGGAGGGGCAUGUUCUCAAAAUGGAGAUAAUGCUACAGGUUUAAGAUAUAAGAAUACAGCAUCUAUAGAUGUAGACACGGAAAAUCGAAAUCAGGAUGGUCAGAAUGGUGUUACAGAGAGUUGUUUAUCAGAGGCUGCAAUAGGUUGUCCAGCAGAAACAGAUGAUUGGACUCAAUUGCAGUUUCAGGAAAGUUAUAAUGUAGGAGAUGAUAUGGGCGAGGAAUUAGAAACUCUGUCUGACAUUGAUGAUGAAGAGGUUGAUCGAUAUCUGCAUAAUGAGGAGGAAGUACGGUUGAAAACUAUAAUCUGGACAGAAAUGAAUAAGGAGUAUCUUGAGGAACAAGCAACAAAAGAGGAAGCAAUUGCAGCUGCAGAAGCAGCUCAUGCUGCGGCUCUGGCUGCUGCAGCAGAAGGGGCACCUGAUGCUGUUGAACUUGCAGCAGCAGCAGCUGCUGCCGUGGCAAGAUUGAAAAAGGUUGCCACUCUCUCCCUUCUGUUGGCUACAAACAUUAAUUCCAGAAAUAUCUUACUCUGAAAACUGUAUUAUCCA